GGGUGGGGCAGGAUGCUGGAUGGCCAGCUAUUCUCCGAGGGGCCCGACAGCCCCCGGGAGCCCCAGGAUGAGGAGUCUGGCAGCUGCCUCUGGGUGCAGAAAUCCAAGCUGCUGGUGAUCGAAGUGAAGACUAUUUCCUGUCAUUAUAGUCGCCGCGCCCCUCCUCGACAGCCCAUGGACUUCCAAGCCAGCCACUGGGCCCGUGGGCCCCAGAGCCGCACGUGUGGGCCGCGCCCGGGAUCCCCUGAGCCGCCGCCCCGCCGUCCCUGGGCCUCCAGGGUGCUGCAGGAGGCGACCAACUGGCGGGCGGGGCCCCCGGCCGAGGCCCGAGCCCGGGAGCAAGAGAAAAGGAAAGCGGCAUCGCAGGAGCGGGAGGCCAAGGAGACCGAGCGAAAAAGGCGCAAGGCUGGUGGGGCCCGAAGGAGCCCCCCCGGUCGGCCCCUCCCGGAACCUCGAAACGCCCCUCGGGUGGCCCAGCCUGUAGGGCCCCCAGCUCCCUCACGACCCGAGCGCCUGGGGCCGGCGGGGCGACCGCCCCGUCCAUCCGCGCAGCCGCAGAGCGACCCAGGGGCGGCGUGGGCGGGGCCCUGGGGAGGUAGGCGGCCAGGGCCCCCCAGCUACGAGGCUCACCUGCUGCUGAGAAGCGCAGCCGGGACAGCCCUGCGACGACGCUGGGACCGCCCGCCACCCUACGUGGCUCCACCUUCUUACGAAGGCCCCCACAGGACCUUGGGGUCUAAGCGAGGCCCCGAGCCCUCUCAGGCGCCAGCCUCAGCAGCCUCUGCUCCGACUCCGGCCAGGACAGAGGGAGGGUGCACAAAGAAGAGGCUGGAUCCUCGGAUCUACCGGGACGUCCUCGGGGCUUGGGGUCUCCGACAGGGGCGGGGUCUCUUGGGGGGAUCCCCAGGCUGUGGAACAGCCGGGCCGAGGCUGGAGUCCGGCAAGGGGGCCGCGGAGAAAAGCCUGGGGCUGGCCACUGCUGGCCUGAAUAGUGGAAGCGACGGCCAUCCCCGAGCCAAAGCUGCUGGGAGCCCAGGCACGGAGACAGCUCCCGGGGGGUUGGCCACUGCGACUCCCAGCCCCCCGCGUCCCGCCCCCAGGUCCAGGCCCCAUUUCAAGGGCUCCGGGGAAGGGAAAGAAAAUAGGGAACGGGGCUGGCUCCCCAAAUGCUGGAUUCCCUCCCUUAAAAAGCAGCCGCCCCGACAUAGCCAGACCCUCCCCAGACCCUGGGCUCCAGGAGGCACGGGGCGGAGAGAGUCCUUAGGUCAUAGAGAGGGGGCCGGACCUGAGACCUUGGAGGGUUGGAAGGGGACCCGCCGCGCCCACACCCUGCCCCGCUGUUCCCGCGGCCGUGCUCGGGGAGAAGGCGUCUUUGUCAUUGACGCCACGUGCGUGGUGAUACGGUCACAGUAUGUUCCAACCCCUCGAACCCAGCAUGUACAGCUUUUGCCCGAUGGGGUGCCGCGCGUCGUGGGGGAUGCCCCUAAUCAACCGAAGCCCAACAAGGAGGAGGGCGAGGGAGCCGCGGCCUUUCCCCACCCUUGGCAAAAACUGCUCUUGAGCAGUCGCCUUUCACACCAGUUCGUUGGGGGGCGCGGGUUCGAAGCCGAGGGCGGGAAGCCCGCGGACUCCUCCUUGGAGGAGCGCGCCUCCCGCAUCCUUGGGCUCCCGGUUGGCGAAGUAAACCUUCAGGACGCCCCCACGCCGCCAGGUAGCCCAGAGCGCUCAGCCUCAGGCCCAGCGGCUUCAGGAGGCACGGUCAGUGCCGAGGGCUCGCAGCAAGUGGCGGCGGUCCCACGGCGCGCGGCCCGGGGCUGGGCGCGGACCCCAGGGCCCUACGCCGGGGCCCUGCGGGAAGCCGUAUCCCGCAUCCGCCGUCACACCGCCCCAGACUCGGACUCGGACGAAGCUGCGGAGCUCAACGUCCACAGCGGCUCUUCUGAUGGAAGCGACACAGAAGCCUCGGGCGCCUCCUGGCGAAAUGAGCCGCCCCGGCCCGGGGAAGACGGGAAGACAGCCGAGCUGAGCGACAGUAUCCGAGAGAUUCUAGAUGUCAUCAGCCGAACGGAGGAGGCCCUCUUCGGGACGAGGGACACUAAGGGGAUCCCACAGGGAAAUAGGGAGCGGCAGUGACAGGCCCUUUCUUGUAUUUGUGUUCCCCACUUUUCCAUCCCUGGGCCCACUGGUCCUCUUUCUUCCUCACAGACUUCCUUGUACCCCCUUACCCAGAGUCGUUCCCAUACUUGAAAUAGAAGCCACCCAAAUGAAAGGAAAGGGAACAUAUGCCAAUUCGUGAUUUCUUUCUUUCCUUUUCUUCUUUCUUUCUUUCUUUCUUUCUUUCUUUCUUUCUUUCUUUCUUCUUUCUUUCUUUCUUUCUUUCUUUUCUUUCUCAUGACAGGUGAGGAUGAGCAGUAGACUUUAAUGCCUGCUCCAUUCAGGGCACUGGCGGAAGGUCUUCAGCAGGGGCAGAUGCACUAGGUGUGGAGCAGAGUAGGUGGCCUAGCCAGGAUCAGGCGGGAAGGCAGGGAUGUUAUAGUCAUAGGGCAACUUUAGGGCAGGAUCUUGGGGCUUGGAGGGAGAAAGUGAUGGAGAGGCUUCUGACUGAGGUGACCAGGUGACAUAGAGGCCCUUGGCAGAAGAGGAAGGGAUCCAGAUACAACCAGCAAAACAGGAAGAGGGCUCACUUUGGUGUCACACGCCUUGGGAUAAGUUCAUCCCUGAUGCUUUGGAUCCUUGGGGGCGGCUUUUAUCUCACCCUCUCCUCCACAGGCCAAGAAAGAGAAUUGGGAAUAAAUGAACAGAGUCUGAGGGUCCCUCAGAUGGCUUCAUUGUCACCUGCACUCAUUCUCCAUAUUCAAGAGACUAUCCAGGGUUUGCAGAAGAUCUGAGCAAAUGGGUACGGGCUUCUAUCCCAGUCUCUUAGGUUUGGGUGAGGGCUCCUCAAGGCAGAGCAGGAUGGUGGCCUUGUCACUGUCCCUGGCCUGUGGUGGUCCGAGCUGGGGAGGGAAGGCAGCCAGUGAAUCAGCUUGGGACCUCCUUAGGCCUCCCCCCUUCUCCUCCUCCCCAGUGUUCCUUAGUGAUGCUCUGAAUCGUUACAACGAUUUCCCACCCCGGUGGCAUCACUCAUCUGAAAGAACCCUGAAAAUUUCUUGCAUCUCUGCCUCUUCCAGAAACCUUGGCCAGGGAAGGAAGGGGGAGGUUGGUCCCAAAAAGCCUGUACGUGUGGGGUGUGAUACUCGCUGUAGCCACUACGGGGCGCGCGCAGGUCGCGGAUUUCCCCGGUAGCUAAUUCCCGAGUCCCCCCUACCCGGGCACUGCUAGUUAACCAGUUGAUACCCAGUUACAGCGCGCGGGUCCCCCGUCUUGCCACCUCCAGCCGUGCGAGGUCGGGGACAGGCCUCUGGCCUUCCAGACCUCUGGAAGUGCGCGGAGCCCCUCUUUGUUACUCACCCAUGCCAACCGGCUUGGGACCCAGACACUGAAGUCUUUUUUUCUCUCUGAUCUUGGACAGUUCUGUCUCUACUUACUAGCCAUGUGAAUUUGGCCAAAUCACUUCACCUCCCUGAGCCUCAGUUUCCUCAUCUGUCAAAUGGGGGUUUAUAAACACCUACCUCGCAGGGUUGUUGUGAGGAUUUUAUGCGAUAAUGUAUGUAAAGCGCCUUGCACAGUGCCUGGCACACAGUAGGCGCUCAAUAAAUCUAAGCUUCCCUUUGUCCAA